AUGCGCGUGUACGUUUUCGUCGCCAUCAUUUUACAUGGAGUUAGCUUUUGCUUUGCAGUGAGAUUGGGAGAAAAAGCAUGUACGAUUGGUCGUGAUCCACUUUGCACACCAGCGUACAAGGCUUACACGAUCUCUAAUAGAGCACUAAGACACAAUGUCGCACUUUUGGAGAACAUGACUCAUGUUGAUGGCAAAGAAAAGGAAGCAAGAAUGCAAAAUUUGGAUAAUUUAAAAGACUUGAAAGAGUCAGGUAUAUUUGGUGAUGUGAUUGGGAAGAUGCAAUCCGCUUUAAACCUACCUCUCUGCAACAAUUUGGAUAAACUUCAACGAGAGGAACUCGUCGCCAAAAAACCUCAGCUGAUUGACAAGCUCCAAAAGACGCUUGCAGAAAGCACUGCAAUCAAGUUCGACGAGUUGAUAGAUAAGUGGUUUCAUCUAAUUAAAAUCCACAAAGACGUCUAUCAAAAUCUUGGCAAAAGCUCAAAUGAUUUUGAUGACGCGCUGCUUUCCGCUUUGUCGAACGUAUCGAAGUUACUGACUGAAAACGCAUCGAUGUCCCUAGUGAUGGUUCUGUUAGAAACUUAUCGAGCCAAGCCAGAAUUUCAAUCCCUCGCAGAGGAUUUAGAGCGACUCAUGCUUUUCGUACCAGGGUCUAAACCUUUGGUCUUUCAAAACUGGAUGGAAAACGGCAACAGUUUGGCCAAUGUUCGUCGGAUUCUCGUUGGCCAGGAACCCAUCGGUUUCAACAAUCCAUUCUUUUGGGUGUGUUUUGACUACUUACAUUUCGUCUGGUAUCAUUCUGUGGCGGUUUCAAAAUCGAACUACGCUAAAUUUUAUCAAUUUCUACUUCGCAGCGGACUGACGGAGAGCGACAUUACAACAAUGCUUGAUAGACCAGAAUUUCGCGACCGUUUUAUGCCUGGUUUAGCUGAUUAUAUAAUCGUGCGGAGAACUUGGUAUUCUUUCCAAUGUCUGAAGGCGGGGAAAACUCCGGCAGUGGCGCUGAAAGAAAUAAACGAUUAUCAAAAGUCUGCCUCAGACGCUGAUGAGCUCAUAUCGUCACUCACAUACGCCAAUACGCCCAAUCAAUUCAAGGAACGAUUUCAAUAUUUUGAUAUCGAUCUGUAUCGUUUUUUGACUUCCAAUCGUCAAUUCGAUAUGCUAUCUGCAUCUGUUAAGAACGCUAAGUACGUCAUUCUUUUACCAUUUGCUGAGCAAACUGGAAACUUUGCUACUGCUGCUGUUCAACAGUUUCAGAGUCCGUUUGAUACGGCUCCUUGGACCCUUCAGUCUGGUUCGAGCAUUCGCAACUUCAAUGUUCGUAUCGGUUCGACUCAGUGCUUCGAUAUCUCCCAUGACUACGAUUUCCACCAAUUCACAAACGAGUUCGCUAAAAUUGCUGCGAUCAAUGGUGAUCUGACUCCUGAGCUUGUGAAUGGACUGCUUGACUAUCAGACAUGGUCGCUAACUAACCGCGUCCUUAUCGCUGACGUUAGCCGCCUGACGGAGCGUGAUGUCCCUCAGGCCAUCCAGAUCCAAGGCACAAACGCUGGUUGCCAGGGAACUAACAUGAUUGUUUUGGUUGUGAGCGAACAAGAGCUCUCCUACGACCGUCUUACUGGCGAGGUUCUCGACUUCACUACAGCGUAA